AUGUGGAUUCGGGAGCAUCUUUACUUCAAUGGUUUCAGUAAAAAUUAUUUGAAUUGGAUUUGGCAUGGCGAGGCUGCGGAGAAUGAUAGAUUAAAUUUGAGUGUCAACCAAGAGCCAACUGAUAAUUGUCAUGAUGAUUUUGAAAUUGUUAAUUUGUGUGAGGCAGCGUAUGAUAACCAUACAGAAAAUCCAGAAGCAUUUAUGAAGUUUUUGGAGGAAGCAGAGAAGCCACUAUAUAAGGGAUGCAAACGUUACACAAAGUUGAGUGCACUUGUAAAAUUAUACAAUACCAAAGCAAGGCAUGGGAUGAGUGAUGCUCUAUUUUCAGAUCUACUAGCAGAUUUUGGGGACAUGCUGCCAGAUAACCACAAUCUGCCAUCAUCAAUUUAUGAAGCAAAGAAGACGUUGAGUUGUUUGGCUUUGAGUCAUGAAAAGAUUCAUGCUUGUUCCAAUGAUUGCACCCUUUAUAGGAAACAAUAUAAAGACUGCGUAAGCUGCCCGAAAUGUGGCUUAUCAAGAUGGAAGCUAACCAAGAAAAAUGUUGAGAAGAAAGGUGUUCCUGCCAAAGUGGUUUGGUAUUUCCCUCCCAUACCAAGAUCCGAUGGAAUUAAUCCUCACAACAAUCUUAGUAGUCGCUACAGCUGCUGGCCAAUCAUGCUGGCCACAUAUAAUUUGCCUCCAGACAUGUGCAUGAAAAGGAAAUUCAUCAUGCUAACGAUGCUCAUUUCAGGGCCGAAACAGCCUGGAAACGAUAUCGACGUCUAUCUUGAGGUUCUGGUUGAUGAUUUGCAGCUGUUGUGGGAAGGAGUUGAUGGAGUUUAUGAUGCUUAUCGAAGGGAGGUUUUCACUCUUAAAGCAGUUCUUUUAUGGACCAUCAACGACUUUCCUGCAUAUGGUAACCUUAGUGGAUGUACUACACAUGGUUAUUACGCAUGCCCAAUAUGUGGUGAGGAUACUUAUGCAAAGCACUUACAAAAUGGGAAGAAAAUGUCAUUUGCUGGGCAUAGACGAUUCCUACCACGAUUUCAUCCAUAUCGGAGGCAAAUAAAGGAGUUUAAUGGCAUGGAGGAACUUGGUGAAGCAGGUAGGCCAUUAUCUGGAAUUAAGUUGUUUGACAAGCUUUCAGACAUAACAUGUGAGUUUGGAAAGAAAACAAGUGGAAAAACCAAGGACAAUGUGGCAGCUAGGUUGGACAUGGUUCAGAUGGGAAUUAGGCCUCAAUUGGCUCCUAAAAUUGGUGAGAAAAGAACAUAUCUACCUCCUGCAGCAUGUUCAUUCACAAAAAAUGAGAGAUUACAAGUAUGUAGGUCAUUAAUGGAUAUAAAAGUUCCGGAAGGUUUCUCAUCAAACAUGAAGAAUCUUGUCUGCAUGGAUGAGAUAAAGCUGAGUAGCUUGAAAUCACAUGAUUCUCAUGUUAUAAUGCAGCACUUCCUGCCAAUAGUCAUACGUAAUUCUCUGCCAAAAUAUGUUAGAUAUGCUAUCAUAAGAUUAUGCUUCUUCUUCAAAGAUAUUUGUUGCAAGAUUAUCGAUGUAGCCAAGUUAGAUAAGCUGCAAUCUGACUUGAUCGUUACACUCUGCUUAUUGGAGCAGUAUUUCCCCCCUUCUUUCUUCGAUAUUAUGCUCCACUUAACAGUUCAUCUUGUUCGUGAAGUCCAAUUAUGUGGACCAGUCUACUUCAGAUGGAUGUACCCAUUUGAAAGAUGCAUGAAGGUGUUGAAAAGUUACGUAGACAGUCGAAAAUAUCCGGAAGGUUGCAUUGUUCGGAGAUAUGCAGCAGAAGAAGCAGUUGAAUUUUGUUCAGAAUAUCUCAAUGACCUUGAUCUUGUUGGGGUCCCUAAAUCACUACGUGACCCAAACACAAGCAUUCCUGGAUUCUCACCAAGCAAUUCAUCAAUCAUCGUCCAACAAAUUGAUCUCCAACAAGCACACUUGACUGUUCUAGAAAAUACAGAAGAAAUAUCUCUAUACAUUAUUGAACACAAAUCCUUCUUGAAGACAAUGUUUCCCAAGAAACAGAAAGAUGCAAGGUGGAUACAAGAUGCUCAUAAUAAAAGGUUCAUUGACUGGUUUCGUGCAAAGGUCGCUGCUGAAAUCGAUAUUGAAAUGGUGGAAUGA